AUGACACUAUUUUAUACACAAAUAUUUGUCAUCUUUAAAUUUCAUGAUAUAGAUAGAAUGCCACGUAAUUAUGUUCCAGAUUGUAAAAAAGAUGAAGCUUAUUAUAUAAAACGUUUCAAUAAUGCUGCAUCGGUAAAAUCAUUUAGGGAGAAGAAAAAAAAAGCUGAAGAGGAACACAAUAAAAAAAUUUUGAAUCUUAGGCAAAAAAUUAAAGAAUUAUCUGAGAGUAUUCAUAUUUUAACAAAAUAUUAUCAACUUACUGUGAAUAAUCUUAAUUAUAAUUAUGUAACUAAUUUAAAUAAUAUUUAUAUAACUUACAAUCAUGAAAUUAUUAGACAAGUAGAAAUAUUAGACAAGAUUAUACAUGAUAUUCCUCAAAUUAAGACUAGACAAUAUGGAUUAAAAAAAAUAGUCAAAGAAAUUAAUUGUAAUAUUGGGAUUAAUAAAAAUAAUCCAAGUGAUUCAAAUACUAACUAUAAUAAAAUUACUUGUGAAAACAAACAUUUAAAAUAA